UGCGGCCGGAGGGCGGUGCGGGGCCCCUCGCCGUACGGGACGGGCCAGGAGGAGCGGCGGAGCGGUGCGGCUGCGGGGCGCGCUGCGAGGUGGGCGGGCGCCGCGCUGCCGGGUCGGGCUUCUCUUCCGAGGGAGCGCCCGAGCUGAGCGCAGGAGACGGGUUGUGGAUCUGAGAGCCGGCGCGAGUGCUUCAGAACUUUUGAAUCCUCUUGGAAAGCGCAAAAACAAGAAACUGCUUUUUAAAUGUCUCUCAUACAGCUGACAUGUUCCAGGGAAAAGGUGUUUAUUCUGGAAAAUUCAGAAGUCUGCAUUCUCUGGGGUUUUAAAUGAGCGUAAAAUGAAAAUUGUUUAAAAUUUAGCCUUCAAAAUGAAUAUUGAAAGGUCAGAUGACAAAGCAAAGAAUGGCUUGAAGUCUUCCUUACUUAUAAGGGACGAAAAUGGAAAUGACUACACAUGUGACAAAGCUCCGCUUCCUUCAAAGAAUUGUACUGCCAAAUUACGUGGCGAUUCAACUGACCAAAAUAUAGAGACCGAGAAUGAAGGUGAUGCUGUUCUUGAAAAAAAGAGUGACUUUGGAAGUGUUCUUUUAAAACAGCAGUGUAUUGAAGCAUUUCAUCUGCCAAGGGUGCCUGGUAAAUAUGACUGCCAAGGAGGAGGAAUUCCCUUGGGAGAUAAAGAUACUGAAUGCAAGCCUUUUCUGACUGAGCAGACUAGUGUAUAUCCUUUGAAUUGUGACUUGAAAGAAACAACAGGCUUCCCGAAAGGUAAUGUGGCUGUGACAAAAAUGCAAGCUCAGAGUACUGAACAAUUGAUGCCUUACAAUCAGACUGAAUCAAACUGUGUAUUACCGCAUCCUGCUUCAGAGCAGUGCACACAGUCCAUGAUAGAAAACAGGGUACACUGUCACCAGAGCACAUUCGAUGUUACUAGCAUUGUAAGUGGAACAGUGGGAACUGAUCAAAAUGAUGUGCAUCUAGGGGAAAUGCUCAUCCCUUCUGAUAAAGGAGAUAUGAAAGAGAAAUUGGGUGCAGAAAAAACACCAAAUUUGUCUUUUACAGUAGUGGCUUCAGGAAGCAUAGAGGCCUCUGCUGAUUUUGAAGUAUAUUAUCCUGCCUCUGCAGGUGUUAAACUCGAUAUAGAAAAUACUAUUAACAUUGACAGAGUACAGUUGGAAACAGCAGCACAGUCUGGAAAACAAGCUGCUGGAUGUAUUAAUCUACAUGAACAAGCUGAAUUAUCACCAUACAUCUUCACUUAUGAAGAUCAGCAAGUAAAAAUCAUGCAGAAUACUGCUGACUGUGAUGAAACCAGGAAUUCCAUUGCUCAGACAUGUAUGGAUAGUCCUGGAAAUAAUGUGUACCUUCUACCAGCAGAAAACAUUGGAGAACAAGUAUCAAAGAAAACGAGUGAACCCUUAACCAAAGAACAAAGCAUCCCUGGAAAUGCUGCUUUUCAGUAUAAGCACAACACCCCUUUUGUGUCUGAAGUGCUACCUUGCAGUGUACCAAAACUAAAGAGAACAGUUAAACCAGAACUGAAAUGUGAAGCAACUUUUUUGGUCUUCAGUCCUGUGGCUGGUGAAAGCGAUACUGCUCUAUUUACUUCAACUCCUAAAGAGCGAACAAAACCCACAACUUUUCCUGUUCCAUCUGUGGCAGAACUUGGAGACAAGUCUUCUAAACUAAGACCAAACGAGAUGCUUGUAGGAGAGCAUAACCGAAGGCCUUCACUUAAAACUAGUUCAGGUCAAAUUGCAGGAAGAACAGUGGGCAGAUCUCCUAUUGUGUCAUCAAUAACCAAAUCAAGGAAAUGUGAGAUUGUUAGUUUUCCCAAACCUAAUUUCAAAAAUGUGAAGCCAAAGGUAAUGUCUAGGCCUGUUCUGCAGUCAAGAGAGAGUGAACCCUUAAAACAGUCUCCUCAGUCACCAAAAAAAUCAACCGCCUCCUCAUCCUCACUAGUUGCUUCCCCAAGGCAACUGUCCCCUUCUGUAAAAGUGCUGAAAAAGAAAAUAGAUUUAGCUAAAGAUAUGAAAGUGGAACUGCCUGUGAAUAAGCCCCAUAAGCUGCAUCUUAAGAAACACCUCUUUGCUAGCCAAGUUGUACACGCCACAACACAUCCGAGAACCGUUUCCCACAGGACUUCAAAGACACCUGCGCUGAAGCAGAAUCUGGAAGACACUGGUGAAGUGAGUGCUACCAAUUCAGUGUGCUCCUUGGCUUUUGCUGUGCUUCCAGCGUGUGGAGAAGACUUAAAAGAGAUGCUGAAUGAUGAAAUGGACACUUCAGACUCCUUAGUGCAGCCCUGUGCUCAAAACAUCUGUCCAAACAGAAGUGAAAAAGAGCAAAACUGCAACAUGGGAAUUCUGGAAGCGCCGCUGUUAGAAGAUGUGGCAAAUGAAACAUUUGUCCUGCACUCAGUUCCUGUGCAGAUGCCUUCUGUGAAAGGUGAGAAUGCACAAGAGAAAAAUACACCAAAGAAAAGCCCAGUCGCUCUACGAAAUGCAUCAGUGUCCAAGGUUAAAAUGGUGCCAUCUGUGUUUCCCUUGAGGAGGGGAAGUGAAAAUAAAAAUACUUGCACAAUCAAAGCACCUUCUCAGAGAGGAGCUGUUCUAUCGUCAAGCUCUGGUCUAGGAUCUUUGCCGAGAGACAAGUAUGCUUCUGUGAAAAAUUCUUCAGCUUCCCGGGCUAGUUCUGGUAAACUACUCUCCAAAUCCAAAGUGCCUGUCAAAAGAUCAGUGCUGGAGAGAACACCUAGUAUCUCAUCACUCAGCAGCACUCAGAGUGAGAGGAGUCUUUUCAGUAGUAAUUCUACAAAUGCCACAGUCAUCAUCAAGAAUGGAGAAUGGCCUUCAAAAGCCUGCCAGAAUGGAACUUCUGGAUCUGUCUCUUUGAAAGCAGUACCAAGACCUAGAUUACUCUCAUUGAAAGCAACUCCAAAAGGAGCCAAGGCCAGGUGUGCUUCCCUGAACCAAUGCACACCAAAAUCAACACCAUUGCACUCAGCAAGGAAAGUCAGUGAGGCUAGAGGCAAUCAGUUAUUGGGUACUCCUGGAAAAAACAGACAUCAAAGUUUGUCGGCUUCUGGUCCUGUUGACAAGGGCAAGCAGCGGAGUCCUAAAAGCUCAUGCAUACAGACCCAAACCUCCACAGAUGUGCAUUCAACUGGCACAAAAACAGCUGAGUUGGCACAGUACAAAACAAAAUGUGAGAACCAAAGUGGAAUCAUCCUGCAGCUCAAGAAAUUCUUGUCAAGCAGUAAUCAGAAAUUUGAAGCAUUAACAGUUGUGAUCCAGCACCUCCAGUCUGAGAGGGAGGAAGCACUGAAACAACAUAAAGAGUUAUCUCAAGAACUAGUCAACCUGCGAGGAGAACUAGUAACAACUUCUGCAGCUUGUGAGAAAUUGGAGAGAGACAGGAAUGAACUGCAAGCUACUUAUGAAGGAUUCCUGCAGAAAUUAAACGAGCAGCAUCACAGCGAUUUAGCUGAAUUGGAGGAGAGGCUCAAGCAGUUUUACACCGCAGAAUGCGAGAAGCUCCAAAGUAUCUGCAUUGAAGAAGCUGAGAAGUACAAAGCGCAGCUCCAGGAGCAGGUGGACAACUUAAAUGUCACACAUGAAAACUUAAAGCUGCAACUUGAAAACAGCCACUCAGAAAAAGUAGAGGAGCUGAAAAAGAAAUAUGAAUCCUCUUUUUCGGAGCUCAAGAAUGCCCAUGAAUCUGAAAGGAAGUCGCUUGAAGAUUCCUUUAAGGAGAAGCAGGAAUUGCUAGAGAAAAAAAUUGAUGAAUUAAAAUGUGAAAACGUUGCUCUAAGUGAGAAGCUGAAAUUAGAAGAGCAAAAACAAACAGCCAAAGAAAAAGCCAGUCUUAAAAACCCGCAGAUCAUGUAUCUGGAACAGGAGCUGGAAAGUUUGAAAGCAGUGCUGGAGAUCAAGAAUGAGAAACUCCAUCAGCAAGAUAUAAAGCUAAUGAAGAUGGACAAACUGGUGGAAAACAACACCGUCCUAAUGGAUAAAUUAAAGAAGGUUCAGCAGGAAAAUGAAGAAUUAAAAGCUAGGAUGGACAAGCAUAUGGAACUUUCAAGGCAACUUUCUACUGAGCAAGCUGUUUUACAGGAGUCCCUAGAGAAAGAAUCUAAAGUCAAUAAACGUCUGUCAAUGGAAAAUGAAGAACUUCUGUGGAAGCUGCAUAAUGGUGACCUAUGCAGCCCAAGAAAACUGUCUCCCAGUUCUCCAUCUGUGCCUCUUCAGUCUCCACGAAAUUCUGGUAACUUCUCUAGUCCUACAGUCUCACCAAGAUGACAUCUCGAAAGACAGGGGAUUGCAUUUCAUUUGUGGUCUGCAGAACUGAUCAUAACUUUAAUCGCAGGAGCAAGAGCUAUAUUAGCUGAGUAUGACAACUAAACAUAACUGGAAACUUGGUGCAAAAAUGACGAUAAGAGACAGAUUAUGGGAGUGAGACUCACGUAGCUUCUCCCAAAAAGACUUAUGACCUCUAUGGACAGAGUUGCACAAAGCACUUAGAGAGCAAGGAAAGACUUAUUCAUUGCCUUUUCACCUAACCAUAAGGAAAAGCUCAGGGGCUUAGAGAUAAAGAUCACAACCUUUAUAAUAUGUUCCUUAUCACAGACACUUUUUUAAAGGCUGUUUGUUUGCGUGUGCGCAUGUGUGCUGUGGAUGGAAUGGAUGUAACACACCGUGCGUGUGUCUAAUGCUGCCUUCUUUGCUGUGUAUGUAAUAAAGGAUAAAAGCUGAAGACUACAGAUUGACAUGUACUUCCUUAACGAUGGUGUCAGUUCACGCUUUUAGCCAAGGGUACUCUCACAGAAAUGAUGAGAGACAGCCACUGAUGCUGUAGGUUAGUUUUCUUCAUCUUCCUGUCUUCAGUGAAAGAAUAGUGUGAAAAGCUUUGUCCAUUGACUCAGUGUCUUGGCCUACCUUUCUAUGCAACUUUGAAUGAAUUUUAAAAGCAAACUGAAUUGUAGCCAUAUUGUGCAUGCACAACAGCAUUGGUUAUGAAGAGGCUGUUAGUUGCAGUAGAUUUUGUCUUUCAAGUCAAUAGAUUCUGAAUCUGACUUUGAAGGACACUGAUUCUGAAGUUCUCAGUACAGUGGCAGGGUUAGGUGCCCAGACCUAUCACUUUACCUGCUGAAAACAAAUCCUUAAACAGCACAUCUAUUGCUGAGACCAUCUACUGAAAGAGAAACAAGAUUUGAAAGCCAAAGAGAAAACUGCAAUAAUUAAGUACUCAAGUUCUCAAUAAGAUUCUUAAGUAAUCUGUGAAUUUCAGUGCACCUGGUGGCACAUUCACUUUUUAAGCAUUAGCAUUUGUAUUAACAUUUGUGGAGUUGACUCAGUUCUUCUGUGGAAGUCAUGGAAGGUGAUAGCUGUGGAUAAUUACCCUGCUAAGUCUGCUACACCUUUUCUCUGAGACUGCAGGAUAUCAGUGUUUGCCAGUUCAUCUGGCAAAAGAUCCUGUACAGGAAAUUCUGUAGAGUAGGGGAAAAAUUUGUCCUGCCUGCUGAACCUGGGGGCUGAGGGUGUCAGCAUGUCCAGAAAUGUCAUAUGCUGAGUUUCAGCUUAAUCAAGGUAAUCAGAUAACCUAGCUACUCCCUUGGUUAGACCUGUUUUAAAAUCUCUACAUCAUAUCUACUAAACACAGGUUCAAAUCAGUAUUCCAAAACUCCAUGCUUACAACACCAGGUUUGGGUUUUUCAAUGCCAUUUGCAGCACUACCAUAACAGUUAUGUAACAGUUCAGCUAAUGCUGUCAGCUGGCUAUACGGCUGACUGUUCUGAUAAGACACAGCCAUGUUCGCCCAUUUUUUCCAGUAGCUUGAGAACAGAAAUUGAGGAGACAGACAGAAAAUGUUUAGGGAACUAAACUGAAGAACCACUUUAAACCAUGUUACCCAAGACUUCAAUCUUAAUGAUGAAUGUAGAAACAAGACUAGUAACAGUGCUCAUACAAAAGUAAACAUGCAAUAUAUUAAACUUGUGGUCAAUUCCUGAAACAAAAAUGUUUCAUUAUUCAAUUUACUUAAUCUUACAUUACGUGCAAGUUAAGGGUCCAUCUUACAGACUAUUACACUCUCUUAACCCCCUUUUAAGGCGCUGUACUUGCCACUGUUAGUGAUCUCAAUGCUUUUAAUUUUCUGGCGUUUCAAAUUUAAUUAUGAAAAUCCUCUGUGGGCUAAAACUUAAGGUAUAUACUGGAACACUCAUUUGCUACGGUCAAAGAGAUUUAAUCACAUGUAUUUGAGCUGAAUGGUUAAAAAAUAAAUUUUUGUACUAAUUGAAA